ACUAUGGUUUACCACAGUUCUAUGUGCUUGACCAUGUUGCUAACACUUUUCUGUGCUGUCUCUAUGAUAUACCACAGUAAACUCUCACAUGGGAGCAAACGUUGAUUAAGAGAAAUAAAUCGGCUCACAAUUGGAACCUGUACCUACAUUUGACCACACAUGUACAUUUAGCUCUACCUUAGCCAUGCCUUGGCUUGGCAAAUCUGGACAGCAACAGUACAUAUACUGCUGUGAUUUCACAUUAUAAGCCAUCUCUGAUUAGUUAAACAGCGCUGGUGGGCAGUUUUGUGGUCGUGAGGUUGCUAUAAGUUCAUUCCCUGCAGAACACUUUGCAGUCGACUUAGUUGCAUGACAGCAGUUCCUAGCACCACAAUGAAGGUUUUUUUCUUGAUGGGGUUUUUUGCUGUAUCUACCGGGGUUGCAGAUUCUUCUAGGAUCAUUGGGGGUCACGAGGCUGCACCCCACAGCCGCCCCUAUAUGGUCUACUUGUUAAUGAUGGGAAAGGACACUGGAAAGACAAAUUGUGGAGGGUUUCUAAUUCGAGAGGACUUUGUCUUGACCGCAGCGCAUUGCGAUGCAGAAAAUAUCACUGCUAUUCUUGGUGCUCAUAACAUCAUGUCUCCAGAGAAUUCUCAGCAGAUCAUUAAAGUGGUGAAGGCCAUUCCUUUUCCAUCCUAUUGCAAAAGAGGCCCUAAUGAUGACAUCAUGUUGUUGAAGCUGGAGAAAAAAGCCGCUCUAGAUGAGAAGGUGGCGAUUCUGCCGCUGUCCAAGAAUGAAGACGUUCUCAAGGUUGGCAGCACCUGCUCUACAGCUGGCUGGGGCUUGGUGGAGUCAGAAGGGAUUCACAUGGUUUCUAAACUGCAAGAGGUCAACAUGUCGGUGUUCAGACGGCUGUGCGCUGCGAAAUGGGGAGCAAUGUUCACCGAAUACAUGACCUGUGCAAGCAGUCCCAUGGAAGGCGGCUGUAAUGGUGACUCUGGGGGUCCCUUGGUGUGCGAUGGCGUUGCUCACGGUGUCCUCUCGUUUAGCAGCGAGCCGUGCGGAUACUUUCCCACGGUCUUCAUGAAGAUUUCCAUGUACGUUGACUGGAUCACCAGAGAGAUGGACAGACACUGAGGCUUCCCUUGGCAUUGCAGGGACCAGCUUAUACUGCGCAUUCAGGGCUUUCAAGGGGUGUUGUACAUUGUGGCGACUCUGCCCGUGCUCGAGUCAAUCUAACACUGGUCCUCCACCCCCAGUUCUUGUUGAGUCCUCAAUUAAAAGUAACUGCUUUUGCAUCAGUUGCAGACUGGUAUUUAAUUAGAAAUCUGUUCCAUUACAGGUGACUUUAACCUUAUUUAAUUUAAAUAUUGUACAUGAUUUGGAAGCAAUUGGUUUCCCAGCCAUGUGCCUUUCAUGCUCAUCCAAUUAUGAUAACAUUGGCAUGUGAAAACAUGAAAAUGUUCCCACUGUUAAGCCAAUGGGAGCCUCAUAGUGUUGUAGCCCCUCAGUGCAGGACCAUUGCAUUACCAUUGGUGAUAAUGUAUUGUGGGUAUAUUGAGCUCUGUGGUGCAUUGAGUCUCAUCUUAAACCAGAAUCUGGACCAUUUACCAUUUGGUAAAAACAUGGUAGAGAAUUCUAUAAAAAGAGACACGCUUGCUGUAGAUUAUCAUUACCGCUUUAGCAUUGCACCUAAUUAGAUUUGCUUGUAAGAAACCCUGGGCUGGGUUGUGGGUUGCAGCCCCCUGCAUUCCUGUAGUGCUUCUUUGUGAAUACUGAAUUUCAGUAUUGAAUUUCUCAUACCCUUUUUUCAGAGCAUGGUAGAGCUUUUGCUCGUGCCAUGUUGCGUCUUUUCUUUUAUUGAUCAUUCAUGCUGUUCAGUGUUUAAAGCUUUGUGACACAUCCUGAGAUGCCUGAUAAUAAACGAUUGCCU